CGAGUAAACUUUUAAGCAGAAACACUUUAGUUGACACUUCGGAACAGAGAAAUAAACACAACUUCAUUAAACAACUCAACUGAAAAAAGAUACACAAAAUGGAGGAACUGUCUUCUGAGGAGCAGAUGCUGAUUAGAGAAACAUUUCGAAUACUGGACAAGGAGAACGAGGGCGCCAUAACCUCCAAAGAGAUGGCGGUUGUGAUCCGCGCCCUCGGCCGCCAGCCAAACGAAUCUGAAGUCCAGUCCAUGAUCAACGAGGUGGACUCGGAAGGAAAUGGGUCCAUCGAGGCUCCGGAGUUCUUCAACUUAAUUCUGCGCAAGAUGCGCGAUACGAACCACGAAGACGAACUACGCGAGGCGUUCCGCGUUUUUGACAAGGAGAACAACGGGUAUAUUAGCAUCACCGAGCUUAAGGCUGUGUUCACGUCGCUGGGCGUUAAUAUUGGCGACGACGAGCUGGAGGACAUUAUACGCGAGUACGAUCUGGAUGCGGACAACCAUAUAAAUUACGAGGAGUUUGUGAACAUGAUGACCAUGCGUUAGUCUCCAUUGGGUAUAGUUAUUUUAGGUUGAAUGGAUUUUAAUAAGACUGAAAAUAUGAAAUGGAAAAAAAAAUGUUGAUAAAUUAAACUUGACGGUCACUGCAACUUUUUUGUGUUAUUAUAUGGAAAACUACACAUAGAUAUAGAUCUAUACAUUUCUGAAGAUAGUGACCAAAGACUUUGAUUAAGCCAAUCUUAUUUAUAAAGUUAUCCUUAGUUCCCACUAGUUGUUAACUAGCUUUGGCCUAUUUGUCAUUAGAAACUAUCGGUUUAUUGUUGGUGGAGCUGACACCCAAAUAA